AUGUCGUUCCAAAUCACACCACAACUCUAUGAAAAGAUCAAGCACUUUGCAAAGUUUCCACAGACGGCUGUCUCUCUUCGACAAAUGGUCAUGUUCGGACCACGGCCUUCAAAAGGCACUAUGUUCAAAGCCAGUCAGUUCCUGCAUGAGGAACUACCUAUUCGUUUGGCCCAUCGUGUCAAAGAGCUUGAAGAGUUACCUGGUCAUCUAAGCGAAAUGCCAUCCAUUGUCAGGGUGAAGAAUUGGUAUGCACAAUCUUUCAAGGACUUGCUUGAUUUACCACCACCCACACUUACAAGCACAAUGAAGGAGCGUAUCAAGCAGGCAUCAAGAAAGAAACCUUAUUUGCCACAUCAUGUCGUCAAUCCUACUCCUCCUCCACCUCCUGCUCACACUAAUUUGCAUCCUGUGAUACCCAUUGGACAUCGUUAUUAUACCAACGUAGAGGAAAUCGAUUGCUCUCCUGAAGUUUUGACGUAUACCGAGAACUUUGUCAAGACCAUUGAACAAAUCAAGCAACGCCACGACCCCGUUGUCAUGACAGUAGCACAGGGCAUUUUAGAAUACAAGGAGCUCUUGAAAUCCAACACGAUGGAUACGGAGGUGCAGCAAUUUCUUGAUCGAUUUUACAUGUCGCGUAUGGGUAUUCGAAUGCUCAUUGGUCAACAUUCGGCUCUUUACCGUGAUCCGGUGCAAAAGAACUACGUGGGAGUGAUCUGCACCAAGACCAAUAUUCGAGAAAUUGUAAAGGAUGCCAUUUCGAAUGCACGAUACAUUUGUGAAGAGCACUAUGACAUUUUCAAGGCACCUGAUGUUCAAGUAUACUGCCCUGGUGAUAUUGAAUUUAUGUAUGUCCCAUCCCAUUUGAUGCACAUGGUCUUUGAGCUACUCAAGAACUCGUUGCGUGCAGUCGUCGAGCGAUACGGCAAGGAUUAUGAAGAUGAGUAUCCUCCUGUCAAGGUUGCCAUUGCACAUGGAAAAGAAGAUAUCACAAUCAAAAUAUCGGAUGAAGGUGGAGGUGUUCCACGAUCUGGGAUCCCACUUGUGUGGACAUACAUGUAUACGACAGCCAAGCGACAAGAUAUAGAAACUCCUGAAGAAGACAAAUCGGAUUUCAAUGCACCCAUGGCUGGAUUUGGUUAUGGUUUACCUCUUUCACGAUUGUAUGCAAGGUAUUUUGGUGGCGAUCUCAAGUUGAUAUCCAUGGAGGGCUAUGGCACGGAUGCCUAUCUUCACCUCAACAGAUUGUCAAAUAGCGAUGAACCCCUUAUGUAA